UGCAACAGCCUGUUUAUCCUCUAAUGCAAUUUCCAACUGCAGGGUGCCAACAGCCCAAGACAACGACAAAAUCAUUUUUCUGCUGACUUUAGAGUUUUGGAAACUUGACCAAUCUAGUCUCUUUAUAUGAAUGUCCAGUCCAACAUUGUGUUGUAAGCUCAACCAAUGCAAGGUUUUAAAAAAAAAAAGAUAUUGUCAAAUUUGACAAACGAGCUGCAUUCUUGUAUCAGCAGUGUUGAGAGAGUGAAUGCCCUUCUUAAAGGAGUUCUCUGUGAUGUUGAACCCUGUGCUGGGAUAUGGACACGAUACUCAGGAACACCUUUUUUUAGAACAUAUAUUUCUUUGGCACAAAUGGGUUGAAACUAUUAAAAACAUUGAAUGCAAUUUCCACUUGGACAGCUGCGCCACUGUCCCUUUCUCCUAUUGCUGCAUGCAAUGAACACAUCCUCAGCCUUUCCUCGGAUGUCUGGAUGAGAACAAAUUGGAUUUAUAAAGCUGACCUCCUGCCAACAUCUGGAGGUGGACUAGUGUUUAUAGUGAUGGUUCUCUGCCAUAAGUAACUGAUACAAUCUAUUUUAAAAGUUAAGGUUGAGUAUGCAGGCUUAUUCCAGGAGGGAAAUAGGGGGCCUUGGACUCAUAAAUGGCGCAAUGUUGUUUUGUAAUAUAGUCAAGCUUCAUAUUAUUUGUCUUAUGCCAUUACUCUACUAGAUAAACGGAUAUAUAACUUAUUUUUUUAAAUGGCAGACAUUGGCAUGCCAUAGAAUUUUAAAAAGUGAUUACAUUUUAGGGCCAUUCUGCAUUCCACCAAAUGGAACCAAGCCAUUGUAAAUGUUUUUAAUUUCAUGUGCUUUUCUUACUAUGUCUUAAUUCCCACGCUGCCUAACGUAUGCCUAAAACGUACCUCCUCUUGUUUCUCUCCCGCCUCCCCUCUGACUAGUCACAAUGAUGAUUUGAUUUAGAUCCCUUGGUUCCAUUCUUCCUUUUUACAUAUAAUGCAAAUGUCUUACUCCUACAAUAGUUAUCAGUCAUGAAGCCAACUUGUUUGUUUAGUUCAGUUUGUGGCUGUGCACAAGUAGAAUACACUCGUGUUCUAUUGGUACCCCUCCAGUUUGUUUCUGUUCUGUGUGAACAAUGAGAGAACGGGCAGGUGAUGCAGAGGAGAGGCAUGUUUGAUCCAUUAAGCGGCACUCUAUUACGACACAGGGUGUGUGUGUGUGUGUAAUGAAUUUGAUGGCUGUUGAAUGCAUGGAAGAAACCAGCUUUUCUAAAGAAUCAUCUACAUGAUGCUAUUGAUGCACAAAAACAAACACUGGAAGAUGAGUGACAAACAUAAUUCCAUAUCCACUCUAACAGGACCCUAACCCAUUCCUUUUAUAACAAAAGAACAAGCUUCUAAAUAAAGUAUUUAUAAGGACGAUGAUAACAACAUGAACUGUGCGCUCCUUCAUGGCACAGAAGCAGCAGAUGUACUUUUCUUUAACUCCGACAGUGAGAGCAUCGUCUCGAGGCUUAGGUGAGCUGCUGACUGUGUCCUUUUGAUGUGAACCAUAGUUCAUAUUAACACAAUUCUUGGUCCUGGUAAUUGCCAUGACUGCUUUAUGAUAGAACUGAGGCAUCCUAUGAAAAAGGACUAUACCAUGCGGUCGUCAGAUUCUGCACAGCUGAGGUUGAGUUUAUCUCCUUGAUGUAUGGCCAAGUUAAGACGACAUAACAACAGUGGCUUCUGCGACAGAAUCAGUGUGGUUUGCUUCAGCUCGAGGCUGACAUAUGCUUUAUUGUGCAACUGGUGGCGACUUGUGUUAAUGGACUGAUCUCUACAAGCAGUGUGACCACUACAAAGGUAUAACCUGGAAACUAUCCCAGUGUUGUAACGUUUUGUUUGUUUGCAACAUCAGAUGAGAAAGCUGGAGGAGCAGCAGCCGGGGCAGGAUCAGAGAGAGGUAUCCUCCUGCAGCAUGUGCUCUUACACUGGGCCACACUAAUGGAAUAAGAUCCAACCUCUCACAAAGCAUGUUAAUAAUCAUGGAGUGAUUAACCCGAUUUCUCAAGUGAUGAUUGACUUAAAAAUGUCUGAUUGGAACACCACUAGGGUAAACAUGGGUUUGUCUUCAGUACAUUAAUGUUGGUCAUAUUUUUAACAAACCGAUACAAAUCCGAUUUUGCAUCCGUUUUUAAACUGAGUAACAUACCAGGUUGAUGUAGAAGUCUACUCACUGCUUGGAGGUGAACGCAACAGGAUGGAAUGAACUGAUUUCUGGUUCUGCACAUGCCUGGUUUCCAAUAACUGAGUGAAUUUGAGCAUGGUCUUGGUCAGUCUGGAAGUGGUGAACAUCCAACAAUUUGUUGCCCAUCCAUUCCCAGAAUCCUAUCCAACUAAGGAUGUGGGCAGGAAGCUUCGUGAGGCUCUGAAGCAGCAGCUGACCAUCAUCCACGAACGUGUGGAGGCCAAGAAGAUCGCCAAGCUGGCUCUGGCUGAGGUCAGACAGCUCCUGGCCAAAGAGGAGGAGGAGGAGAAGCUGGUGCUAGGGAGAGACAAAAUAAGAACCAGAGUGAAUGAACGAGUUGCAACGAGACUGCAAGAGGAAGAGGAGAAUAUGGAGAAAGAAGAGAUGAAGAAGGCUCUGGAGAAACUAAGGAAGGAAAAAGCAAAACAAGUGGAUGAGGAGAAAUCCGAGAGUAAUGGGGAGGUAAAGAAGGCACAGGACGAAGACAAGUUGAGAGGUAGAGAGAAUGCCAAAGACAAACGGAAGGGGAGCAAAGCUGAGAAAUCUGCCAGAAAGGCCAGAAAUGAAGAGAGAUGAUAUGGUGGUCGAAACACUGUUAUUGGCACAAUACAUAUUUCAAAUGAUGCCAGAGCUGUGCAUAAGAUCCUUUGUUUAAAAGCUUAAACAAAGUAAUUUUCUAGCUAAAAAGGCUUGUGUUGGUCAAUAGACUAGCGGGAGUGACUUUUAAGGGACUGCAAUAACCUUUAACAAAAAAUAAAUGGGCUGUAGUGAGCUGGCACAGUUGCUACACGUUUGGGGAAUUAUUUGGGAAUAACAAGUAAUAGUUUUAUUUGUAUUUGUUUUGGUCUGUACUUUUUGUUAAAGGGUUAGUAAAAACGAAUGAGAUAGGAUAGAAACUGCAUAAUGCAAAAAGAAGCACUGACAUUUUUUUUCAGUAUAUGUAGUUCUAAUGAUGCUUACAUUUUGAGCUUUUCUAAAUGUAGGGGGAUUUGUGUUCAUAACCAAUUAUGUUUUAUUUUUAUUUUGUCAAUAAAGUUUUCUGAUCCCUG